AUGUAUAGGAUUUAUAAUGCAAGAGCUUAUGAUUUCGAGCGCGUUGCCAAUCCGACAGGGCUCUUGUUUGCAAGACUGGAAUGUUAUGAUGCUGUGGAACCACCAAGAAUGACAAACCACUGGAUCCACAUUACCUUAGGAAACAAGAAUGAUAAUUUCUCCCAAUUCAGUCAAGUAGAUUUUAAGUUCCUGGUUUCAGAGGACAUCACUGUGGGUGCUAAGGAAGGGCUGGUUCCUGCACAUGAUGUCGAUACCGAAUCACUUGGAAUAUUAUUCUAUGAAAUCAGUGCACAAACGCCGGAGUUACUUAGUUAUUUGUAUACUGAAUCCCAAACCAGGGUGGUCAAGAUUUUGAAAAAACUAGAUCGAGAUGGGUUAAGCGUUAUGCACUACCUAUUGACUGCAAGUGAUGAAGGUGAGAAACAAAUGGUUUUGAAGAAUGACACCAAUAGCUCAUCAGCUGUACGUAUUACUUCCAAUGUUAAAUCAAAUACUACAAACUUGACUAUUGUUGUUCUGGAUGUGAACGAAAAUCCACCUUUAUACACAGAACAAUUGCAGCUAACACUGACAGAGUAUAUGCCAACAGGUACCUUGAUUCUUCAGCGUUUAGAAUUCUCUGAUGCAGAUUUUGGAGACAAUGGCUCAAUUUAUUUAUCAUUGGAGUCAGUAACACCACACAUUAAUAAACAGAUAAAAGACGGAGGCCCUCUUGUUGGUAUACUAAACGCAUCAAGACUGGUAAUACUGAGUGAGAUUGACAGAGAAAUACAUCCGACAAUAGUAGUUGUGCUUCUGGCUGUUGAACAAAGUACUCCAACACAGCUAAGUGCUACGGUUACUUUGACCAAUUUGAUAGCUGAUGUCAACGACAAUCCUCCCUACUUAGUUCAUCCUAUGAACUUGUCACUUCUACCAGAGACUUCAGAUCCUGGUUUAGGCUUCGGGAGUGCUUACGCUUCGAUCUCAACUGAUUCACUGAAAAAUACUUUAGUUACAGUGAUUUUUGGAAAGGAGAAGAACUUGGAAAUGAACGCAGUAGUGAAAUACAAAUUAAUUGAGGAAUCGCAGCAUGUCAAAACCGAAAGUGUUAGACAUGAAUCAUCUGAGUGA